GAUCAAAGCCUACACAAAAAACUACAUAUACAUCAAAAGUAGAAAAUACACUUGGCAAGAAGCUCAAGAAGUGUGUGCUAGUUUGAAUGGUUCUCUUGUAAACCUGGACAGCUGGGAGAUGCACGACUAUGCCUGGAUCGGUUUGACCAAUACAGCCUCUGGCAUGGAAUGGCAGGAUUGUACACCAUUCAAUUUUUCAACAUUUGUUUACUUUAAAGAUUCUAAUCACAUGUAUUUCGAUUCCAGCAAACAAUGCUACAAAACUAAACCAGAUCUAGAUUUUAAGUAUGAACAAAAGGAAUGUGAUGAAGACAAUGGCGCUAUAUGUGAACAGCGAAUUGAAGGUGAAGUAAAGCAGGAAAGUGACGUCAUAACCCCUACACCGGUAAAAGAUCAGAACGUUGUUCUAGACUGUUCAAAUACAGCAAAAAACCCGAUAGCGUCAGCUUCUCUUUCCUAUGUGUAUUUGCCAAUUAGCUGCUACAACUAUUCAACUGUGGAAAAUGUUACCAUCGUGGAAAGCACUACAGUAACACAGAACGUCACAAUAACAGAUGAGGUCACACAAUCUGUAGAAGUCACACUCACUGUAAAUUUUACCAUGACGGAAAAUGUCAACAUAACAGAUUAUGUCAUAGUAAAAGAAAACGUCACAAGGACAGAAAACGUCACAGUGACGCAAUAUAUUGAAAGGACAGAAUACGUCACAGAAAACGCGGUUACAGCAAUCGUGACUUCUUUUGCUCCCUACACAGUUACUGUACAAGUGCCUAUUACUCCAUUACCAUCUGCUUGUGAAGAUCAAACGUCUUACAUAAAUACUUCAAACACUCGUUAUAUAGAGGAGGCGGUGCAGAAUAUUUCUAAAGCAUUAUACAUGGAUAAAAAGACGACUAAUUCUUACAUACGAACAAAAACAAGUGCACAGGAUAAUCGACCGUCUUCAGUGACGAUGGGAUACGUAGGUAUCGUGUGUGUGGUUGUGCCGUUAGUUCUAAUUCUGUUGUCGGAUUUAAAAACGAUUUAUGUUCAUAUGUCGGCUGUAUGCAGGAGUUAUAAUGGACCACCAUCCCCGCCAGCAUGACAAUGUGGGCUGGAUGGAUUUGGACUUUAUUUUUUUUACUCAUUGAAGCCUUUGCUCACCCUUGCACAAUUUAUAUAGAGACAAAGGGAUCACGAAUGCGUUGCAUGCAACAUAUUUCUCCAUAAUCCUUGAUGGUUCUGACAUUGAACACUAUUUUUUUAUAUGUGCA